AUGUCCGCCAACCGAGAGCAUCGCAUUGCCGGUGCCGUCGACAGCCUAAUCGCACACUUGGUACCCAACGACCCUCACGAGGACGAUGCCGCGGCCCAGGAGAGACAUGACAACUGCUUCGAGCUGGUCAAGUCAAUCUUGGAUGCCCCCGCGUCCCCCGCCAUUUCCUCCGAUGUCAACCACGCCUCCGAUCUGAUCAAGCGGAAGCUCAUACAAAGCAACCCAAGCCAAGCGCUGCGCUUCUCGAACCUUUAUACCCGUCUUCUCUCAUUACCAGUCUUGGGCCAGAAAUGGGCUAUCCUCUACCUCCUCUAUCAGCUCGGCGACUCGCCCGAUCCAAGCGAGCCGCUUCCCCUCGUCCCACCGAAACCUCCUCCACAAACGCAGCGCGACCCAUCCAGGAAACAUGAAAGAGAACGUUCGUCCAAGAACUCUACACCGAUAUCGAGGCAAGAAGAAGAGGAGUUCGACGAUGCGUUUGCGCCAGAGGGAUUGAAGAACUUUCCCCCAAACCAUACCAAGAACAGUAAAUCCGUUGACGAAAGAGAAAAAGACUCGGAAAAGGAGAAGGAGAAGGAGGGAGAUGGCGCCGAAACGGACAAGCGACAAGUGAACUUGAAAUCCACCUUACUGGCCGAUAAUUACGUCGAGAUCGACCCUUCCGAGACGGUGCUCUUGCGAGAUCUUCCCUUCACUCUCCAAGGACUAUCUUCGACCACCCUGCCCUUCUCGCGGCCCGAUACCAUCACCUUACCCCCGACGUUACCAUCUCCGAUCAUCUCUCUUCUACACACAGUAGCCGAGCCGUCUUUGUUAUACCGACGUCUCGAUGUCUUUGUCAAGUCCCCCGCACAGGGCUUGCUGAGACAAAGUAUUCGAGCAGCCAUAGGCGGUGAGCUGCGGUCUUAUCUCAGCCUCGUCGCCACCCUUGAGGGUCAAAUUCGCAAAGCCUUGUCUUCACUCGAUGAAUCCACUCCAAGAGGUGGCAUAGGAAAGGCAGGCGUCACGUUGAAGAGAUGCGUAGUAUGGACCCGGGAAGCCACGAUGGGGCUGCGGCUUAUGAGCCUUAUCGCCGAAGAAUCAGAGAGUAAAAGAGGUGGACAACUCAUCUCGCUCGUACACGGAUUUUCCUCUUCGCAUGGUGACCCCAUGGUUGCAGCAUUUGCCGAACGUCUACUCGUACAUGUCACACGCCCAUUUUACGAUAUUCUGCGUCGGUGGAUAUACGAUGGCGAGCUACUCGACCCAUUCUGCGAGUUCUUUGUCAAAGAACAGAAGCAAACGGACGAGCCAAAGACGGGUGGGAACAGUGUAUGGGAAGACAAGUAUGAAAUCGACAAGGAUAUGGUCCCAAGCAUCAUCACUCAAGACUUUGCUCAAAAGGUCUUCCUUAUUGGCAAAUCUCUCAACUUUAUCAGACACAGCUGCGGCGAUUCUCAGUGGGUUGAAGACUAUUCCAAGGCGGCUUCGAAGGAGUUGCGCUAUGGCGAUACGGCAACCCUCGAGGCCUGGAUCGAUGAGGCAUACAAGACGACAAUGAAGCGUCUCAUAGACCUCAUGGCCAACAAAUUCCACCUAUUCGAGCAUCUCCAGGCGCUGAAGAACUACAUUCUGCUGGGGCAGGGCGACUUCAUCGCCCUUCUCAUGGAAUCCCUUGCUGCGAACCUCGAUCGCCCUGCCGGCGCACAAUACCGACAUACUUUGACGGCUCAGUUGGAACACGCUAUCCGCGGAUCCAACGCGCAGUACGAUUCGCCCGAAGUCCUCCGUCGCCUUGACGCCCGGAUGCUCCAGCUGUCCCAUGGUGACAUAGGCUGGGACUGUUUCACGCUGGAGUACAAGGUCGAUGCUCCGGUAGACGUUGUCGUGACCGACUGGGGCAAUCGCCAAUACCUCAAGGUGUUCAACUUUCUGUGGCGCAUCAAACGUGUCGAGUUUGCCCUCGCUUCUACUUGGCGCAAGUGUAUGACAGGUUCACGCGGGGUCCUCCAGAAUUCUGACCCCAUUGUUGUGCAAACAUGGAAAUCAACACGCGGCAUUCUGGCAGAGAUGAUUCACUUCAUUGGUCAGCUGCAAUACUACAUUUUAUUCGAAGUCAUCGAGUCGUCCUGGAACGAGCUCCAGAAACGGAUACAUCGCGAAGGCUGCACCCUAGACGACCUCAUCAAAGCACAUACUCGAUACCUCAACGACAUUACACACAAGGGUCUCCUAGGUGCGCGGCGCAGCGUCCGCCACGCUGAUAUGGCCACGGGCGAAGACGACCGCACCUCAUACCUGUCUCAGCUCGGCGACCUCCUGCGCGCCAUGCUCAGCUACCGCGACUCCGUCGACGGCCUCUACAGCUGGAGCGUGUCCGACUUCACGCGCCGGCAGGAGGCCGACGUGAUGCGCAUCUCCACCCGUGGGCCGCGUCACCAGAAGAAGGAAUCUAUGCCCGGAGGAGACGGCGAGGACGAGAACCCGGCCGUCGCGUCAGAGUUCCCCGUCCUCCAGGACCGUCUGCGCCAGCUCGGCGCCACGUUCCGCACCCGUCUGCAGAUUCUGCUGGGUGACCUCGCGUACCAGCCGGACGUUGACAUGCGUUUCCUCGGUGUCGCCAUGAAUUUCAACGAUGUCUAUCAGCCCUCGAGGAGGAAGACAAAGACCACCUCGACGGCCUCUGCAAACACCUCGAGAGCUUGA